AUGAUACUGUUAGCGCUGCCCCCAGCCGCCAGCGUCCUGGACAUCAUUCCAAAAGCGGUAGAAGCGGCCUAUUUUGGUGGCGGCGGUGGCAGCAGUGGCGGCGGUGGCAGCAGUGGCGGCGGUGGCAGGAGUGGCGGCGGUGGCAGGAGUGGCGGCGGUUGCGGGAGUGGCGGCGGUGGCAGCGGUGGCCGCGGUGGCGGCAGUGGCGGCGGUGGCAGCGGUGGCCGCGGUGGCGGCGGUGGCCGCGGUGGCGGCGGUGGCGGCGGUGGCGGCAGUGGCGGCUCUUGCCUGGCGGCGGCCUAUGCUGUAGGCGGGGGUGGCCGCGGUAGCGGCGGUGGCGGGAGUGGCGGCGGUGGCGGCGGUGGCGGCAGUGGCGGCCCUUGCCUGGCGGCGGCCUAUUCUGGCAGCGGGGGUGGCCGCGGUGGCGGCAGUAGCGGCGGUAGCGGCGGUGGCGGCAGUGGCCGCGGUGGCGGCAGUGGCGGCUCUUGCAUGGCGGCGGCCUAUUCCGUAGGCGGGGGUGGCCGCGGUGGCGGCAGUGGCGGCAGUAGCGGCGGUGGCGGCAGUAGCGGCGGUAGCAGCGGUAGCGGCGUUGGCGGCUCUUGCAUGGCGGCGGCCUAUCCUAUAGGCGGGCGUGGCCGCGGUAGCGGCAGUGGCGGCAGUAGCGGCGGUUGCGGCAGUGGCGGCAGUGGCCGCGGUGGCGGCAGUGGCGGCGGUGGCGGCUCUUGCAUGGCGGCGGCUUAUUCUAUAGGCGGGGGUGGCCGCGGUGGCGGCGGUAGCGGCGGUGGCGGCAGUAGCGGCGGUAGCGGCAGUGGCGGCGGUGGCGGCUCUCGCCUGGCGGUGGCCUAUUAUGGUGGCCGCAGUGGCGUCAGAUGCUGGGUUUGCGGCUGA